AUCGCAGUUUCCGGUGUUGCAUUUUAUUCUGUUCGCCGUCAGAUUAUGUGACCACUUUUUGAGUAACCCGUAAUCAUACUAUCAAUAUUAAGAUAAUUUGUCUUUAAGCAUAUGGAAUUAGCUAGCUGUGCUACUCUCUGGACAGGGUGGAUAGGUUUAUUGUAUUUGUGUGAGGGAUAAUGUUUUACAGGAGAAAGUUGUUGCACUUCUGCAAACAGCACAACAACACGAGUAAAGAUAACUGUACAAGAUGCGAGCCCUCCUCCUAGAUACUCACUUUAGCUAAGUUGUUGAAGGUAGGAAGAGUGAAAGGAGCAUCAAAAGGAUGUCAUUAGAGUGCCCAAUAUCACUUUCACCCCCUCCUCCACCACCUCCUGCUCCAGGCCCUCCUCCACCUCCUCCUGCUCCAGGCCCUCCUCCUCUUGCUCCAGGCCCUCCACCUCCUCCUCCUGCUCCAGGCCCUCCUCCUCCUCCACCUCCUCCUCCUCCUGCUCCAGGCCCUCCACCUCCUCCUCUUGCUCCAGGCCCUCCACCUCCUCCUCCUCCACCUCCUCCUCCUGCUCCAGGCCCUCCUCCUCUUCCUCUGGCCUCAGCACCUAAGAAGAAACUCUAUCAGACUAUAGCCAGUAGCAGGACUCCUGUGAAAGGGGACCACACUGAGGCCCGCUUACUGCUCAGUCAACGAGACAGCAGUUUUAGGAAGGACCUGCAGUGGAUACUUGUGAACACGUAUGUGCCCUCCCUCAUCCAAGAUGGUCCACAGUGUGGUCUGGUGGCUUUGUGGAUGUCUGCGCAGCGUUGUCAGUCACAGCUGAGUGUUGACAUGGAAACUGUCGUUCAGACGGCGCUGAGCAGGGGAUACACGGCUCAGGGGGAAAUGUUUUCAGCUGACAACAUGGCCCUGCUGGCAGAGGAGGUGUGUGGCUGUAAGGCAGAACUGCUGUCAGGAGGAUUAAGUGGUAAAAAUGCUGCGACCAUCAUUGCACACCUGUGGGGCAGACAGCCUGUUCUCAUCCCAUAUGACGAGGACUACAACCAUGAGCCGUGCCAGCGCAGUGGUCACAGGGCGCACUGGGCGGUCGCUUCAGGUGUUCUCCUGGGUUUAGACCAGGGGAGUGUGAGCAAAGAGCACACCCAACCUGAUCCCACUCUGCCCUGGCUCCACCUCACCACUGACCGCAGCUCCUCUUGUCCUGUCGGUGCAGCGGUCAAAGAGCUCUACAUCCUGGCGAAGCAGGGUAAAAGCCUGCGCUACCAGCUGUGGAGUUGGGACAGCGUCGCCCAUAGCAACGAGCAGCUGAGGACGAUGGACCCUCAGAGGGCUAACGACGGGACCCAGUACGUUGUUCCUCCUGGUGGAGUGGAAGCCGGGCUGGCUGGGAAGGCGGUGUUAAUCCACACGAUGACACAGGAGCAGCGGCUGUCAUGUGUUGAGGCAUCACAGUGAGCUGAUGUGGUGAUCCAUGGAUACAUUUAGAUAUUUAACACAUUUCCAGAAUGUUUUACAGCUGAACAUGUGUGAUGUAUCAUUCUGAAGGGGCUUGAACAUGUAAAUGUUCACAUCCCAGCAAUGACACUGUAGUGUCAUUGUAGUCUGAUGUUGUUUCAUUGUGGAUCCUGUUAUGAGAUAUAAAUAUUCUUUUGUCUCAUUUUAGUAUUUCACGCUGUACUAGGCUGUUACUGACGGUGUUGUGGACACAAUAAUGCCUUUAAGACUGCAGUAUCAGCAACACUGAAUUUAUGUAUUAAUAUUAUAAAGAGAUAAGAGUUAAGAGUUUUUUAUUCAUUACUUUUAUUUUAAAGCAGUUCUAUUUUUAUUAUUGAUAAAAAUAAGUCUCUUAUGUGGAAAACAUAAUAAACUGAAUUUGGUACACUUUCACAAUA